AUGACGUUUAUGGAAAUCACCAUAGUUUCAACUGUAGGAUCAGUGUUUUUCAUCUUUGUAGCAGCACUGGCUAUUAUAUUUUUCAAGAAACACAGGGCAGGGCGUAAACCAAAUACUCCGGAUGGAGCAGAUGAAGAAGAAAUAGCACCAUAUGCAACGGUUCGUCUCAGCAGGAUUUUCCCGCUAAAUGUCGAAAAUAACAGCCCAGGCAAUAAUGAAAUCCCGCUGGAAACCUUGCCCUUCCAGCUGAGGACACCCCAAGAAGAAAGAGCAACUGAUAGAACAGAGUUGCGAAACUCGGCGUACGAAAACACCGACCACCUUGGAAGGCCAUCUGUGAGUCCUGUCGAGUAUCUGUUCUAUCAGCCUCGUUAUGAGAAUGAAACAGUUGAUAGUGCAACUCGUAACGUGGUUAUAAGGUCUGGGUACGACAAGCUGACGCCCGCCAAGAGGAAAAAAAGGCGGGAAAAUGUUGGCUGGCAUCUUGCUCAGCGCUUGCCAUACGGAAUGUUAGACACACACAGUCCGUCAGGAUAUGACUUACUCACCUGGGAAACAGACCUAGGGUGUAAAAACCGCAGAGGAGAUAUCACCGACAGCGAGGGUGAAGACGACAUGAAUAUUCACACAAUACUGGAAGUACGCUCUAGCGACGAACGCAGCUUAGCAUGUUCAAUGGAUAAAAAGAAAAAUCAAGAGAACUCGUUGGGAGAAAUCCAAUCUGAAUGUACUGAAAAUGUCUGGGAGAAAGAGACUCUGAUAUAGAUUAUCGUCUUCUGCUGGAAGACAUCUGAAGUACAAGGAAAAUUGUAGCCAUUACCUUUUCAGCAUUUUUAGCAUUCAGCUAUUCAUCAGCACUGACUCGUCCAAGGUCAUUGCCAUGGUCUCUUUAUAAAUUACAAACAAGUUAGAGACUGGACACCACCUAAAUGCGCCAUAAUAACCGGUAAUCACUUGGUCAGUCAAAAAAAUCUUUACGAGAUGUGACAGAAAACUUGACGCCUGCGAAUGCAAAAGAAUUCUGGUAUUUACAACAGGAAAUAAGAAGAAGCCUAAUACACAAUAUUUCAGUUGGUGGGGACGGAGAAACAAAAUUUCCGGUCUCCAAGACAAGUCUGAGUAGUCCACCGUUUUCACCUCGACGCUGCGGUUUUAUCCUUGUUUAGAUAAAAAUCGUAAACUUUAGAAGUGUUUUAAAGAAGAUUUACCAAGAAACGGCACUUGAACUCUCAAUUGAUAUUAUCAGAUUAUAAAGUUGAGGUGUGCUUAAGAGUCGAGACAGCUGGGUCGCAAGAGGGAAGGGGGUGUGAGAUAAAUGAGAGUUGAACAGUGUUUGCGAUCAGCUGAUCUACAAAAUUAAAGUAACCAUAAUACUAAGCUUAGUGUUAACUCACUAAUCAAUCAAUCAAUCAACCUUUAUUUUAAAACGAUAGUUUUCAAAGCUACAAAGCCUGUUGGGUUGUUUAACAAACAAUCUAAUAAGCAACAAAAAUUACGAUUUAUCUCAAACCUAAGAUAUGUACAAUAGUUAAAUUUAACUAAACUUCAUGCGGAUUCGAAUCAACAAAUUUUUAG